CGCCGGAAGCUGCCUCAGGCGGGGCCGGAAGUGACGCGCCCCGGGCAUGGCGGCGGCGGAGCCCGGGAUGAAGCAGUUCAAUGGCGGCGGCAGCGCCGCUCCGGACGCGGAGCGCGGCCGCUUCCCGCACUGCGUGGUGUGGACCCCCAUCCCCGUCCUGACGUGGCUGUUCCCGAUCAUCGGCCACAUGGGGAUCUGCACCUCCACCGGGGUCAUCCGGGACUUCGCCGGGCCCUACUUCGUGUCCGAAGACAACAUGGCAUUUGGAAAACCAGUGAAGUACUGGAAACUGGACCCCAGCAAGGUGUACAGCACUGGGCCCAACGCCUGGGACACGGCCGUGCACGACGCGUCCGAGGAGUACAAACACCGCAUGCACAACCUCUGCUGUGACAACUGCCAUUCCCACGUGGCUCUGGCCUUAAACUUGAUGAAGUAUGACAACAGCACCUCGUGGAACAUGGUGAAACUGUGCUUCUUCACACUCCUCUAUGGCAAAUACGUCAGCAUAGGGGGCUUUGUGAAGACCUGGCUGCCCUUUGUGCUGUUCCUGGGGGUGAUUGUGACUGUGGUUCUGACCCUGCACCUGCGGUGAUGGCAGCUCUGGAGCCCCUGAUCCCUGAGCACACAAAGGAAGGAACUGUGACUGAUCCAGCGGGAUGGAGGUUUUGGACUCAGGGAGCCCUGUUCCAGGGAGGGUGGCAGCCCCACUCCAUCGCAGCAGCUCAUCUUCCUCUCCUGGGAUUGGCUUCUUUUCCUCCUGUUUCYGUUCUGUCAGUGGUGUCUCCCGGUGUCAGGGCUCUGGAACCUCCUGCUCCCCCUGUUCCUGCAGCUGGGGCUGUGGGAAUGGGGUCAGGGAAGGAGAGGGGUGGGCACCUCUGCUUUCAGUGCCAAGGACAGCCCCAGGCAAGCUCUGCCUCGUGCAGUGGCACAGGCAGAUGCACCUUGGGAGGGUUUCUCUGRUCACCUGCUUUCGUCCUCUUCACCAGAUGCUUCCUCAGAUUCCCUGGAUCUGCAGUUAGGAGUUGCUGUUUUCCCUGUGGCACACAUUCCAGAGUGGAAGGGUGGGCACUCAGCGAUGGCCCCCCAGCAGUGGCAGGAGCUGGUUGGGCUGGGACACUCCUGAGGGACRCUCUGGGCAGGGCCAGCUCCCCUGGUGCUGCUGCUGAGCCUGGAAAGGCAGGACAGUCCAAGGGCUGGCUUGGGAACGGCUCAUGGCAGCUGCUUGAUCCCUUUUAGCUUGUGCCAGAGAAAAUACCACGGCCCUGCUUCUCCCUGGCUCUGAACUGCUAAAUCUGGCACUGCAGUCCUCACAAGGCUCUCGUCUCCCUUUGAUCCCUGCGCUGUGUCAGGCGGGGACUGGGGCRGGGAGGCUGAGCCGGGGCUUGGGAAAGCUCUGGGAGCAGCAGCUGAGCUUAGGGCUGACAGGAGGAGGUGCAGGUGCCCAUCUUGUGAAGKGGGGCACGGGGCUCUGUCCUGGCUGCUCCUGGGGUGGUGAUUUAGGAAUGGUUUAGGGAGUUUGGGAGAGCACACCUGGGCUGUGGCAGGAAGGGAGUUUGGAUGUUAGUCUGAGCCGGGGGAGUUGUAAAACCAGGCCUGGCUGAAGAGCCAGGCUGAGCAGCUGAGCAGGUUCCUGCUGRCUGCAGAGGAGGGAGAAGAGCUUUUCCACUCACACCUGAAAAACCAGCUCAGUAUUUCAGUACCUGACGUAUUCCAAACUCAAGGAGUGCUUGUGGCCCACAGGAAAGUGUUUCUGGAGUCCCUGCCAUGUCUGCAGCUUCCUCUGACUGGGAGCCCAGUCACUGUCACCCCUCUGGUUUUCAGACCCCUAUGUGCCUCUCCCAUUUCCCCGACUCCUCCAGCCGAGUAGGAGGSUUGGACCCUGUGCCCAUUUCUGUGUUUUCCCCUUUUCAUCAGUCACUUUUAAAUCRCCCCUUAAGCCUCCUGCUCAUUAUUGUCCCUCUGUCACCCCUUUCUGGCCUUCCCCAUUAGCCUGGAGCUGAAACUUUCCCUUGGAGAGUGUGGGAUGGAGKGUGCUGGGCCUGGGGCUGCUCAGAAAACCAAAAUCGUGCUCAAAGAGAACCUGGAUUUAGGAYGGAGUGUUCCCAGCUCUGCUCCGCCCAGGAGCCAGCCUGGUGGGAGAGGGGAGUGCUUUCCAAACUCUUGAUUUCAGUGGUUCCUGGCAGUGCCCAGUCCCGGGCUGGAUCUGCCCUCAGCAAUAACCUCGAGCCCCCUUCAGCCCAUCCUGUCCAUGUUUUAUCCACGAGCUCUACGAGAAUUGCCAAAGCAGAGACUUGGGGGUGUCAGGGGGGCCCUGGACUCCCCAAACCCCACUGUGAAWUUCCCUCUCGUUUGCUCCUGAUGCUUUUACCAGAGCGGAGUUUGGAAUGGCGAGGGCGAGCCCCCAUCCCUCAUCCUUUGUUCCCUUCAUCUCUGCGGGGCGCUGGAUUUCUUUGUAAAUAUUUAAACUCUGCUUCUGUGGUUUCAUAAUCCCGACAGCAGGGAAAUAAACUGAUUUCUGUGGAUGUC